AUGAGUAAUCCGUUCUCCGGGGCGUGCUUCUAUCGGAAUUUGGCACUUCUGGGCUGUUUCUUCGUUCUGCUGCUGCUCUUCAACAAUUUCCUCUUCUCCUGUCACUGGCCUCCUGCGCCGCCGCGGAUGGCUGAGCAGUGGGUUGCCGCGCCCCCGUCAGAUCCCGUGCUGGAGAGGCUGCAGCAGAGGCUGCACGAGGAGCAGUCGGCCAUCGAGGCGCUGCAGGCGCAGGUGCGCGGGCUGCACCGCGAAAUGGCGCAUCUGAAGAGGAGGCGCAGGCCUGCGCCGACACCGAGGAGCAGCGCACAGCGCACGGGCAACGGUAGGUAUAUGAGCGUGAAGUACCAGAACGAGGCGAGCAGGAAGCGCAUCCUGGUGACCGGCGGGGCGGGCUUCGUGGGCUCGCACCUGGUGGACCACCUGAUGCUGGCCGGGCACGAGGUGAUCGCGCUGGACAACUACCAGACCGGGCGCCGGCAGAACGUGGAGCACUGGCUGGGACACCCGAACUUCGAGCUGGUGCACCACGACGUCGUGAACUCCUACUUCACCGAGGUGGACGAGAUCUACCACCUGGCCUCGCCGGCCUCCCCGCCGCACUACAUGCACAACCCGGUGAAGACGAUCAAGACGAACACCAUCGGCACCAUCAACAUGCUGGGCCUGGCCCGGCGACUGAAGGCACGCAUACUGCUCGCAUCCACCUCCGAGAUCUACGGCGACCCCGAGGUGCACCCGCAGCCGGAGACCUACUGGGGCCACGUGAACACGGUCGGGCCGCGCUCCUGCUACGACGAGGGCAAGCGCGUCGCCGAGUCGCUGAUGGUCGCCUACCACAUCCAGGAGAGGGUGGACAUUCGCAUCGCACGCAUAUUCAACACGUUCGGGCCCCGCAUGCACAUGUACGACGGGCGCGUCGUGAGCAACUUCAUCCUGCAGGCGCUGCGCGGCGAUCGCAUCACCGUCUACGGCGAUGGUAAGCAGACUCGUUCGUUCCAGUACGUCGACGACUUGGUGGCCGGCCUGAUCAAGCUGAUGGCAAGCAAUUGCACCGACCCGGUGAAUCUCGGGAAUCCCGAGGAGAAAACGAUCAAUGAGUUUGCCGAACUGAUACGUGAGUUGGUGGGCAGCAGCUCAGCGAUUGUGCACAAGCCCGGGCAGCAGGAUGAUCCACGACAGCGCAAACCGGAUAUCACACGAGCGGCCGAGGAGCUGAACUGGAAACCGGAGGUCUCGAUGCGAGAUGGCCUGCUCAAAACGAUUGCCUAUUUCCGGCAGGAGCUCGAAUAUGAGCGGAUGAUGCUGAAUGAGGACUAUCAGAAAGAAGCACAUUGA